AUGACAGGCCUGACAGGGCUGACAGCCCAGCCGAAAGCAGACGAAAUGAGCUUCAGUAUCAUACCAGCACAAGAAGUUGCCUCUGUCUCUCGCGGGGGAAAUGAGAUGUUUGUGAGAGCUGGUCUCGUUGGAGGAAAACUCAGAAAUGCCGCGAAUCGGUUGAAAGAGAGUGAGAAGAGUAUCAGCAGCAUUGUCGACAACCUUUCAAGCCAGUCGAAAACUUUACGCGAAGAAAUCAUGAAAUCUUUGCGCCUUGCGGAAUCUUCUUCCUUCGCUUCGCCGAAUAUUGCGCAGUCUCUUUCUAUCCUGCAAAUGCAAUGCUCCACUCUUGGAAAUCUUUCAUCUUACUUGCAAGAUCAUUCUCAGAUGAUGAAAGAUCUACGUGAUUCCAUCGGGCACUUUUCUGCUGAUGUGCAGAACGCCCUCGAAACCCGAAAGCAAAUGCGGCAGAAUCAUGAGGACGUUGGACAUGUUCCAUGGCAGGGCAUCGAUCACUUCCUUGCACAAGUCGGCCUGUCGCAGUUGGCAAGCAAGUUCAAGGAGCAGGAGCUAACGGACGUUCGAACAUUGAAGUUGCUCACGGACCAGGAUCUCAGGGACCUUCAAAUUGACACCAUCGGAGCGAAAAGGAGACUGCUCUCAGCCAUCAAGAAUCUACAAGUCUCUGAGGGCAGCUUGAGCAGCUCGCAUGUGCAAGUUCAAGCUGACACGAUGAGUGACAUGGACGGGAGAGAUGAAGCAACCAUAGAUCAAGAGAAGAAAAGAGCUCGAGAGACUCCGCUUGAGAAUGCUCCUCCACCUGGGAUGCGGCACAGCAGUAUCGUCGUGCGAAAUUUAGCAAAGGGAAUCACAGAGAAAAUGCUUUUCGACUUCUUCUCAGCAAGCGGGGGGGUCAAGAGCAUCAAGCUCCUUCCCUUCAACCCUCGCUUUGACACGAGAGUUGCCUACGUGAAUUUCAUAGAGGACGUGGAUAUCUCCCACGCUCUCCAGGUGAACGGGACGACACCGAGUUGGAACGAGGGCCUGAGGCUCAUCGUUAUUCGUCAAGAGCCCAAUGCGAGAUCCUUCUCUCCUUCUCCUAAGUUCGCCGUGGGGGCCCCUGGCUCUGCGGAGACAUCCAACGACAAGCGAGCAGGAAACUCACUGCAGGAGAUGCUGCUACGCGGGAAUCCAUCACGGGACUCAAUGCAGAAUGCUGGGUCGUCGUUCUGGUCGACGGACAAACCAAGUAUGAGCAUGCAGCCCGAUACAACGCCAUCGACCGGCAGCAAUCUGUCAACCAUUCUCUUCCCUCCCGACCAGCAGCGAUCUUACUGUAAACAAAGCAUCCUUUCUCGCUCUGGGCUCACCUGCUUUUUAGCCUCGUUUUUGAAUGCUUCCCGCAUGUUUGGCUCCUCUCCGCCGAUUUUUGACCCUUCAAGUGUCUUCGGUUCUGUCUUCAACGCGACAGACGUCAACAAGAGGGCAAAGAUGCCGUGGGAAACAAAGAUAGAAAGUGACAACGCUGGGAUGGAACAACACAAGGCACAGAACCCUUCUUCGUUCGCAGACACUCUGCAGUCUAUAACCUCGAAGUUCGCGACGCCAGCUGCUCCCUCCUUUCCUCAAAGUGGAGCAACUUUGAACUUGAGCAAGAUGUUCGAUCAAGGCUCCCAGGAUGUUCCCUUGAGCACGAAGUUUGGGUUCUUCGGGCAGAAACUUCACAGUCAGCCCAUCUUCAAUCGUUCGAUGCUGAACAUCUUCCCAUCUAAAUCGGAUGGGCGAUCCAAUGACAGCGAGGAAGCAGCCGACGUCGAGCACGAGGUGCCGAUAGAGCGAGGUUCCGGCAUCGUGCAGCUCGAAAGAGUCAACGUGACAACGGGGGAGGAAAAUGAGAAGAACUUGUUCUCGGCCGAGCAAGUCAAGCUCUACGAGUUCCAGAAAGAGGAGACUGAUCAGAACGCUGCUGGAAGCUGGAAGUCACGGGGAAGCGGCAUCCUGCGGUUGAAACAAUCGCAGGACGACGAAGCGGGUAAGGCACGAACGAGAGUCAUCAUUCGGCAGACGGGCAGCCUUGCCGUUCUCGUCAACUCAGCACUCUUCCCGGGCAUGGCGUGCAACAAGGGGGGGGAGAAAGGCGUCAUCUUCACUGGGAGCAGGGAUGGAGCCCUCGUGACCUACCUUGUCAAGUUUGCGACUCGAGAUGAAGCCAACGAGCUGCACAACUUGAUCAAGCAGAAUGUACAAGUGCAGACUCAAUAA